AUGGCAGACGUGUACGAUCAUCCAAUCCUCACGGGAGAAUCAGAGACUAAUAAAAGCAGAGCAAUGCCAUCAGCGAUCGCACCGCACGAAGCCUCGCCAGAGCGUCCCUCGAGUCCAAAUCACAUGAAGCGCCGCCGCUCUACUGAUGUCGAAGAAAACGACGCGGACAGCAAGCGACAACGUACGAACGGAGACGGCGCGGUCAACACCCCUUCACCAUCAAACAAGCCCGCGACAGACACGCCUUCUGCCUCGACUGAGCAAGAACAGCCAGAGCCUUCGACAAGCAUGGAUCACGAAGACAAAGCCAGCAGCAACGGCGCGCCCGAACCUCCAACAGCACGCCCACGGCGUAGGCCAGAAGUCUCGGACGAGAAGCAGCGGAGUAAGCGACUCUUCGGCGCGUUGCUGGGAAGCUUGAACCAGAAGGGCGGAGAGACGUCGAAGCGCAGGCAGGAAAUCGAAACGAGAAGGAAGGCUGAGCUACAGAAGCAGGACGAGCAGAGGGCGGAGGAUGAAGCGAAGAGGAGAGAAAGGGCUAUUGAGUGGAGGAGGCAGAGGCAGAGGAGGGUUGAUGAGGAUGAGAUGCGCAUACGACACAAGAGCAUGCUUGACCGAGCGAACUUUCUGGUUACGGUUGCUGAGCCGAGGGUGCAUUAUCGUCCGUGGGACCUGCGGCCGGAAGAAGAAGAUCGCAUCGAACAGCAGAUCGUCGAUACGCAGGCACUCAUCGACCGCGAAGUCGAAGCUUUCGAAGCGCAGCGACCAGGAGGCAAUAUCGAUGGUGAUGGGAUGGAUGUGCAAGCAUCCCAACGUCCAGCCACCGAGGCAGUCAUGAACGGCAGCCCUGCGGAUGCUGUCCUACCGGCUGACGCGAAAAUGGAAGAUGCAGAAGAGGACUCAGCUAAGUCUGCCUCUGCAAACACUAACAAAGCCGAAGAAACCAACGAAGCAGAUAUUCAGCCAGCCGAAGUGCCCGACUCAAAUGAUGUUACUAAUGCAACCAGCAAUGGCGAUGCCAACACCGACAUCAAGGAGGACGACAAGGACGACGACCACAUCGUGGAGGGAGACGAGGACACGGUGAUAUACUAA